GGGUGACGUUUCGUCUCUGUUUUUACGUCGUGGGAGUUUUAGGAAUAUUUUAUAGCACAAUGUAGUUUGAUUACAAAAAUUAUUAAGUGAAAUAGGAUUUAAAAGUUAUUUAGUUUGUGCGACAUUGUUAUCAUAUCUUUAAACGAGUUUCCGUACAAAAAGUCAUUUGAGACUGCACUGAUUCGACGGGUUGAAUGAAUCCAGUGUGAUACUUCUGCGACUGCGAUUGUAUCGCAUUGAAUUGAAAUACAAACAAGGAAAAAAUGUGCAAGUGGUGAUACUAAUUUUGCGGCAUUCAAAGUGAUGUGAUUAAUUAUGUAUCAGUGCAAAGGUGAAGCGUUUCACCGGAUUAGUGAACUAAAAUAGUCCAAAAGAAAUGGGUGACAGAUUGAAACACCCAUUCAAAGUGAAAACAAAAACAUUAGUGAUUUUAUGAAAAUGGAUGUUAUUACGGACUUCUCUGUUCUGAGUCCGGGACUGAUAGACGAGUUGGAGGCGUUCAUGGCCCCCGUCGGCGAAGGUUGCUAUCCACCACAGCCGCUUGAUGCACGCCGAAUCGGGGGCCACCAAUUGCCAGAAAGUCCACCAGACUCCGGAUCAGAAAAUCCUUACAGUCCCUCAGAGACACAAGUGUCCCACACGAUAGCGGUUUCUCAAUCCACUCUGGGCGCAGAUUACAUGCUGGUCCACGACCCGAUUCCUACUCACGAGAUAAUUCAACAAAAUGGCGACUAUAUAUAUGAGGAGCUCAAGUCGGAUAACCUGGACCAUGCAGUCCUGAGGGCCAAUCUUAACGACGUGGUAAUUUUACCACAAGACCCCAACAUUGUUGAGUUGGGUAUAAGGACGGUGCGUCACGAUUUAGGGCUGGACCCGAUUACGUUUCAAAAUCGAUACAAUCAGAUGAGAGUCGAAAUGCCAGAAAUGGAGCAGGGCAUGAUAAACCCACAGCUGGUUGCUCUAGACCAAGACACUUUGACGCCUGUGUAUACCAACCUUCAAGAACCCAGUGGGAAGAAGAGGAAACAUUCACAGGAUAUUAAAUGUGAGCCAGCGGCAUUAUCGCCAGAAAGUGUGAACCAUAGUGUGCGACCAGCGCCGCCAUCAGUGGACGGCUCUGAGGCAGGCGAUGAUGCCCCAUUACAAUGCAUCAGGUUCGCGCCUUUCCAGCAGGCUUCCUGGCACUUACUGUACGACUGUAAUCUUAAACCGCUCCCAACUCCUUCCUACGUGGUUGGAGCGGACAAAGGUUUCAACUACUCGCAGAUCGACGAGGCAUUCGUCUGCCAAAAGAAGAACCACUUCCAGGUCACAUGCCAGAUACAAGUGCAGGGCGAGGCGCAAUAUGUUAAGACAACGGACGGCUUUAAGAUGAUUAACAAAAUGUGCUUACAUUUCUACGGCGUUAAGGCUGAGGACCCAACUCAGGAAGUCAGAGUUGAACAAAGUCAAUCAGAUAGGACAAAGAAACCUUUUCAUCCAGUACCAGUUGAACUACGGCGUGAGGGGGCCAAAGUUACAGUAGGACGUCUCCACUUCGCUGAAACGACGAACAACAACAUGCGCAAGAAGGGCCGUCCGAACCCCGACCAGCGUCACUUCCAGCUGGUAGUGGCGCUACGGGCACACACAACUCGUGACGAUUACAUGAUCGCCGCGCACGCGAGCGACCGAAUCAUCGUGCGGGCCUCAAACCCUGGGCAAUUUGAAUCGGACUGCUCGGAGAACUGGUGGCAGCGUGGCGUAUCGGACAACAGCGUGCACUACAACGGGCGCGUUGGCAUUAAUACGGACCGACCCGACGAGUCAUGCGUUAUUAAUGGUAACUUAAAAGUUAUGGGCCACAUAGUGCACCCGUCAGACGCCCGCGCUAAGCACAAUAUCGAAGAGCUGGACACUGCGCAACAGCUUCGUAACGUACAAAGCAUACGGGUGGUUAAAUUCAACUAUGACCCAUCGUUCGCGGAGCAUUCCGGGCUGUUGGGUCACGACCCGCGGCGAGCGGCGCCGCACGCCGACACCGGCGUCAUCGCACAGGAAGUGCGAACAGUUCUGCCCGAGGCCGUCAAAGAAGCGGGCGACAUUACGCUGCCUAAUGGCGACACCAUCCCCAAGUUCCUCGUCGUCAACAAGGAUCGUAUCUUCAUGGAGAAUCUGGGAGCGGUGAAGGAGCUUUGCAAGGUGACGGGACAUUUAGAAUCUCGCAUCGAACAAUUGGAACGUGUCAGCAAGCGUCUUCACCGCAGAGAUAGCAACCGUUCCAGUCUUAGCAAUGAUUCACGUUUCUCAGGCCUGUCGACCUCAUCGAAAUCAUUUUAUAGUGAUGGCAAUAUUUCCAUAGAUCAAAUACGCGACAUAGCGCGAAAUAUUCGCCGUCACGAAUGCUGCCAUAAACUGAGUCACAAUUCCCCGAAAUACACAAGAAAACAAUGCAAAAACUGCCACGGAAACUAUGCUAAAUAUGGAAAAUAUUAUAACUAUAACAAAACAUGUGUAAGAUACCAUUCAAGUAAAAGUGACAAAGUCGAAAGCCCUGAUAAUUAUCCUACGUAUGUCAGCACCUUAGAGUCAAAUCCAGUCCAAAAGUUGACAGAUGAAAGUUACAGUACUCUAUCAAAACAAAAAGACUCGUGUCUUUGGCUUAGAGAUGAGGACAGUUUGCCGUAUGGUAACAAUAAAUUACCAUUCUGUUGCCGACGGAAGGAUCGAUUUGGGGAUGCCAGCAGUGAAUUGAUUUCGAAUAAGUUUUUGCAAAUUGUUAUCACUAUAUUGAUUUUUAUUAUGGCUAUAUGCCUGGUUGUUAUGACUGCAUUAUACUUCCGGGAACACCAAGAACUAUUAUCCAUGAAGGAGAUUAGAAUGCACGAGAAAUUUUCGAACUACCCGCAUUACGGUAAAUUUAAUGCCAAUGGUGGACCUGCUCACAGGGCAACGCCCCCUGACCAAAAUCAAAUUCAUAAUUCAAAACCAUCGCAACACGCAGCUGCAAAGAAAACUGCCAAAGAGAAAGGACCGCUUAAGACCACCCAAGACUACACAACAACGACUACGGCAGAUACAUCGCACUCCUCGACAACAACCUCUCACGCCUCAAGGAACUACGUGAGGAACGUGCUUAAUAUGGAGCCAUCACCGCAGCCAUUGCGUAUGGGAUAUGAGAGACUCAUCUCGCUGUCUCGAGUAGCCGAUGUGGUUGGUAGUGGUUGCACCUUUACCGUGAACACCGAUAACGAACUGGAUGCUGAAUGUCAGUCCUGUGGCCUCGAUACACCCCAAACUUAUGAAAAUCAAGAACCCCUAGAGCGCUCCAGUUCGGAAAAAGACCUAAACGAUACACGGCCCUUAGAUUUAACUCUUAAAGAAUUACCAAGCAUCCCAGUGAUCCUAGAGAAAAACAACUCCGAUACAUUGAAGAAAGAAAAUGAGUCGCUUAGAAGUCAAAUACAAGAGGAAAUACUGGCCGAGUCCAAUUGGUUAGACCCAAAUAAACAUAAUAGCACUGAGGUAAGGAUGAAAAGAGAAAUAAGAGGAAAGAAGGUUAUGAGAGGGAGGCGCGAAGUGAGGGAGACAAAUGAAGCUCUACUGAGAAGCAGCUCUGAAGAGAUGAUAUUGACAGAGCAGUCAGAUGAAGUGCCUUUAGGUCAAGAGUGCGAGAGCGUGAGCGUUGGCCUGUCCAGUAAGUCGGUGCUGAAUGCGUCGAUGUUUACGGAGACGGUCUGCGGGCGUGGCGUGCACAACUAUACGUACAGCGUCCCUUUGUCCCACUGUCUACAUCACAAGCACGUCGACAUCACUUUCAGAACUUCAAAACUGAAAGAGAUUAGACUCUGCGACCUUCACUGCAAGUACGAUACCUUAAAGAACUGUCAACUUAACCGAGAGAUAGCCAAACCUGUUCCCUCAGGAGACAUUUGGACCUCAAAGAUGACUCUGGACUGUAAUAUGGAUCGGCAUAUGAAAAUACGAGCUGGUUUCGCGCCGUUGAAGGACCUGUGCUACCUGAGUUCUGAACAAAAGAUACCGUUUGUCGAGUACAACAUUCAUAUUUAUAGAGAUUGUCGUAACAAUUAAGCAUUACCUUAAGCAAUAAUUACAAUAACUUGAAAUCCUAUCGCAGUGAAAGAAACCAUUGAUCUAGAUCACUCUGCACUUACUUAUGAAUAAUAUACAUACAAUUAGGGAAUUUAUAAAUUUUUGAUUGUUUAUAUUUUCAAAUUCAUACUAUAACAAAAAGGGAGCAUUAAUAAAAAUUUAUUUAAUCUGUAAUUGAAUCUAUUGUAGUAAAAAUACGAUAUAUACAUAAGAACGGGGGUAUUGGUAAAAUUUAAACAAUAUUUAAUUUUACAUUCUCCAAUUAAGGGAGUUAUUAAUAUUUUACGCAUUCACAUGCAUUGGUCUUAUCUAAUUUUAAUUAUAGGUAAACUACUAGAAUCUAUGUAUUACAUUCCAUAAGUGCAAUUAACAUCACUGUAUCCGUCCUUUUAUAUGUAUUAAAUACAAAUAAUUG